GAUUCCGAUCUCCUCAUCUAUAUAUAUACACGUGGAAUGGCAACCAUGAAUGCUUUCUUUGUUGCUAAAAUAAAUCCAUGGACUUGUCCGAACUUUUGGCCGAAAGCGAGCCUUUCUACUCCCAGAAGCUCCCUACAGAAACCUGCUCUGAUAAUAAUGAAGAUGGUUGGGGAUCUGUGCUAUACUGGCCUCAAAGAAUAAGCGGUGGAGCUGUUCCAAACCAGAUCUCUAACGUAGGCACACCACAAGCAUCUCAAUCUCCAAAUAUUUCCGACUGUUCUCUUUUGAAAAGAAACGUAUCAAGUUUAUCUGAACCAGAUGAACGAACUCAGAGGAAAAGGGAAAUUGAUCAGGCAUAUCGGCAAAGAUGUAAGGCUGAUCCAGUGCGGCUGGAAAACGAAAAGCUAAAGGAUGAAAAUGCUUUGUUGAAGAAGAAUGCCAAUCUCAAUAGUUACUUAGCACAGCUAUCUGAGGAGAAUGCAAAAUUAAGAACUGAAAAUAAGGUACUCAAGGUGCAGAAUGAUGCUUUAUGUGGGAAGAUUAUCAGUGACAAUGACAAGAAUCGUGAAUAAGAACAGUAAGCUAAAAUACUAUGUUGAAGAUAUGCCCCAGGUGUUCUGUUGCGGGCUAUAUGUUUUUACUAGGUUUAACUAAAUAAUUGUGGACCAUGCUGUUGGUUUGGUUAAUAGAUUUUAUUCCAGACCAGGUCCCAUUAGCUUGUAUUUGGUUUUUAAAGUUCUGAUAUUACCAUAAGAGGGAACAAGAGAAAGAAAGUGAGUUGUAGCAUCCUAUACUCAUGGAUCACAGGUUGUGCAUUCUGUUAGAGUAAUACAAAUGAUGAAGGGAAGGUACUGUAGAAUGGACCGUUAAGCAAUAUCAAGAUGAAUUCUCUCUCUCUCCAAGGUAUUCCUUAA